CACCUGAUGGUGAGAUCAGAGCUCAGACUAGUUUCAGUUAUAAGGAAGAGAAACUCACACAGUCACUGACACUGAGAGGAGAAAUGGCACAGAAAGGAGUUCAGCUGGACCAAGAAACCUUCUCUUGUUCCAUCUGUUUGGAUCUACUGAAGGAUCCGGUGACUACAGCCUGUGGACACAGCUACUGCAUGAACUGUAUUAAAUCCCACUUUGAUGAAGAGGACAGGAAGCGAAUCCACAGCUGCCCUCAGUGCAGGAAGACUUUCACACCAAGGCCUGUCCUGGAGAAAAACAUCAUGUUAGCAGCUUUAGUGGAGCAGCUGAAGAAGACUGGACUCCAAGCUGCUCCAGCUGAUCACUGCUAUGCUGGACCUGAAGAUGUGGCCUGUGAUGUCUGCACUGGGAGGAAGCUGAAAGCCAUCAAGUCCUGUUUAGUCUGUCUGGCCUCUUACUGUGAGAAACACCUCCAACCUCACUAUGAUGCAGCUCCAUUAAAGAAACACAAGCUGGUGGCCCCGUUCAAGAAGCUCCAGGAGAACAUCUGCUCUCGUCAUAAAGCCAUGGCAGAGGUCAGCUGGCAAGAUCAGGCUUUGCUGGGAAUCUAUCUUCAGUUACUAAAUGAGACCAUGAAGGAUCAACUCGCUCUCGAGAUGAGCCCAUAA